CGCGGGUGGCGCAUGCGCAGUGGCGGCGCGGCCCCCGGCAUGGCGGCGGGCGCCAUGUUGAAGCACCGGCGGACGGCGCUGGAGCGCGUCGAGAAGUUCGUGUCCGCCGCCUACUUCACCGACUGCAACCUGCGGGGCAGGCUGUACGGGGCCAGCUGCCCGCCCGCGGCGCUCUCCUGCUUCCAGAGCCCGCUGCGCGUCCCCUACAGCGAGGCUGUCCGGCAGCCGUUCGGGCCCGCGGCCGUCGGGGACUCCUUCGGGCCCACGUGGGAGACGUGCUGGUUUAAGGUGGAGCUGAGCAUCCCCCCGGCGUGGGCAGGGCGGGAAGUGCACUUUGUUUGGGAGAGCGAUGGGGAAGGCAUGGUGUGGCGAGAUGCCCAGCCUGUACAGGGGUUGACUAAGGAAGGUGAGAAGACCAGCUACAUCCUGACAAGCUGCCUGAAGGAGUCGGAGCCCCACAGCGUGACGCUGUAUGUGGAGCUGGCCUGCAACGGUCUCUUCGGGGCUGGCAAGGGCACCAUGAUUGCCCCCCCGGACCCCGACAGGAGGUUCACCGUGAGCAAGGCUGAGCUCGUCGUCUUCAACAGGGAUGUCUAUGAACUGCUGGUGGAUCUGGAAAUACUGCUGGACAUGGCCCAGCUCCUUGGGGAGGAAAACCAGCGGAGCUUCCAGGCGCUGUACGCUGCCAACCAGAUGGUCAACGUGUGCGACGUUACCGACCCGGCCACCUUCCCCGCUGCCCGCGACCUGGCGGCGGCCAUCUUCAGCCAGGGGAACGGCGAGAGCCAGCACACCAUCCACGCCAUGGGGCACUGCCACAUCGACUCCGCCUGGCUGUGGCCAUACGAGGAGACCAUCCGCAAAUGUGCUCGGAGCUGGGUCACGGUUAUCCGCCUGAUGGAGAGCAACCCCGAGUUCACCUUUGUCUGCUCCCAGGCGCAGCAGUUCGAGUGGGUGCGGAGCUGGUACCCGGGGCUCUACGCCCAGAUUCAGGACUACGUGGCAAAGGGACGCUUCAUUCCUGUCGGCGGCACCUGGGUGGAAAUGAUCCUCCCUGGGCAGGGUGACAGCGGGUGGGAAUGGGGAUGCCCCCAAGAGCCCUCUCCCCGUGCCUGGCUCGGUUCACGUGAUGUGCUUUGCCCCCAGGACGGGAACCUGCCCAGCGGGGAGGCCAUGGUGCGGCAGUUCCUCCAGGGCCAGCGGUUCUUCCGGGAGCAGUUUGGCCGGAUCUGCUCGGAGUUCUGGCUCCCGGACACGUUUGGGUACUCGGCCCAGCUGCCCCAGCUGAUGCGUGGCUGUGGGAUCGGGCGGUUCCUCACGCAGAAGCUCAGCUGGAACCUGGUGAACGCCUUCCCGCAUCACACCUUUUUCUGGGAAGGCAUCGAUGGUUCCCGAGUCCUGACCCAUUUCCCCCCUGGUGACUCCUAUGGGAUGCUUGGGCGAGUGGAGGAGAUGCUGAAAACAGUGAAGAACAACAAGGACAAAGGACGUGUGAACCACAGCGCUGUGCUCUUUGGCUUUGGAGACGGAGGAGGGGGCCCCACGCAGAAGAUGCUGGACAGGAUGAAGAGGAUGCGUGACACAGAUGGGCUGCCGCGGGUUCAGAUGUCCACUCCCGACCGGCUUUUCUCUGUCCUGGAGAAGGAGUCGUCGCAGCUGUGCACGUGGGUGGGAGAGCUCUUCCUCGAGCUGCACAACGGCACGUACACCACCCAGGCGCAGAUAAAGAAGGGGAAUCGGGAGUGCGAGCAAAUACUCCACGACGUGGAAGUUCUCAGCGCCUUGGCUCUGGUGCAGAACAGCUCGUUCCAGUAUCCUGCCAGCCAGCUGCAGCGGCUCUGGAGGUUACUGCUGCUCAACCAGUUCCACGAUGUGCUGCCAGGCAGCUGUAUCCAGCUCGUGGUUGAGGAUGCCCUGCAAUACUACGCAGAGAUCCGCAGGGCUGGUGCUCGGCUGCAGGAGGAGGCUGUGCAGUCCUUAUGUGGGGACCUGCUGCAGCCCCAGCCCGGGCAUGCCGAGGGCACCCUCGUGCUGAACACUUUGCCCUGGGAACGGACCGAGGUGAUCUCCAGGACUGGGCCAGCCGGAGCAGAGGUUUUAGCUCUGGUGACAGCCCCCAGCAUGGGCUACACGAUAGUGAGGGAGCCGUUGCCACCCCCGCAGCCUGUGACAGUGGUGAAGCAGGAGGAUGGCUCCAUUACCAUGGAGAACGGGGUGAUUGCAGUCUGCCUGGAUGCGAUGGGCCGCCUGACUUCUCUUCGUCUGGCACACUCUGAGAGGGAGGCAGUUGCAGAUGGCUGCCGUGCCAACCAGUUUGCUCUCUUUGAUGAUGUUCCCCUGUACUGGGAUGCCUGGGAUGUGAUGGAUUACCACCUGGAAACCAGGAAGCCAGUGACAACGCUGCUGAAGCCUCUGGAAAUCACCCUGGCAGGGGGCCUGCGGGGAAGUGCCAGCUUCUCUCUGCGGGUUGGGAAAAGCAGCACCUUAACCCAGGAGAUCGUCCUGGAUGCCACAUGCCCGUACAUCCGCUUCCUGACCCAGGUCGAGUGGAACGAAUCCCACAAGUUCCUGAAGGUGGAGUUCCCUGUGCAGGUCCGGAGCACAAACGCCACCUAUGAGAUCCAGUUUGGGCACGUGCAGCGGCCAACGCACUGGAACACGUCGUGGGACUGGGCCCGAUUCGAGGUGUGGGCUCACAAGUGGAUGGAUCUCUCCGAGCACGGCUUUGGGGUGGCAGUGCUGAAUGACAGCAAGUACGGCGCGUCGGCACGCGGGAACGUCCUCAGCCUCUCGCUGCUGAGAGCACCCAAGUCCCCCGAUGCCAGCGCCGAUAUCACGCAGCACCGGUUCACGUACGCCGUGCUGCCUCACCAGGGUUCCUUCCAGGAUGCGGGUGUGAUCCGGUGCGCUUACAACCUGAAUUUCCCCCUGCACGCGGUCCCAGCCAGCCGUGCCCAGUGCCCAGCCUGGAGUGCCUUUUCCGUGAGCUCACCUGCCGUUGUUCUGGAGACUGUCAAGCAGGCUGAGGACAGGCCCGACGCGGUGGUGGUGCGGCUGUACGAGGCGCACGGCAGCACGGCUGUCACCUGGCUGCAGAGCUCCCUCCCUGUUAAGGAGGCAAUGCUCUGCGACCUCCUGGAGCAGCCGCUUGCCAAGGAGCACCUGGCGCUGGAGCAGCAGGGCAUGAGGCUGUCCUUCACGCCCUUCCAGGUGCUCUCCAUCCUCCUGGUUCUGAGGCAGUGAGGCCCUCAGUCACAUCUUUUUGUGCCACAGCAACCUGGACCAAUGCUGGGAGCUCAACUCACAGCCCAAGGCUGCCAGGAGCCCUCUCCCUGGGCUGGGAAGGAACAAGGACCGGGCGUUUUCACUGCCCCCAGGCCCGUGAGAUUUCCCAAGAGUGGUUCCAGGGAAGAGCAGUCUUCCCUCCUUGCUGCCCCCACCCAGCUCAGGAAAAGAGAACAAUCAAUUUCCUCAGGAGAGGAGGAGUAAAGCUGCCCCCUGCCUCACCAGGGGGCUUGGGGAGCAGCAGCUUUCAGUGCUGACCCCAUGUUGCAGCCUUUGUCCUUUCCAGACCAAAGCAGCACCCAGCUGCAAGGUGGGAGCAAGUGUAAAAACGCUACAGUUGUUCUCCAAAAUAAGAGAAUUAUGUAAAAAA